CUUCGUAGAAAAACUACAAAACGAGCGGACUUAAUGUGUACAAUUUGUGGAAACAGAUGUAAGUUCUAGUGUUCAAUCCAAACUAGCUGAUUGCUUAAAAGUUGCCGAGGAAGGUGUGUGUUUGUGUGACUUCAUCGUUCAAAAUGAGCUCAGCACACGGUGGCAGAAGGAGACCGCUUACUAGGACAACGUCUUCUUCAGAAGACCAGGCCUUAAAUCAAAUUGCUCGUGAGGUAAGGGAUAAUUUGUUCUUAAUCUUUUCAACGUGAAUUUUGAUUCGUGUCGGGAGACUCACUUACUGGACCAGAAAUUUUAAUGCUGACGAAGAACUUAUGAUUUUUCGCAUACUGCCGAGUAAUUGAACGCUUUUGUUAUGGUUUUUUGGUUCGUUACGGAUAAGUUUUCAAGAUUCAGUCUUUCCUGAAUUUCUUGGCGUUUCAGUUCACUCGACGUACAAUUCGUGUACAUGAAUGAUUUCAAUUUCUAGUGACAGUUUUACAUUAAUGGAGCAAGUCACGAUUUUCCGGUGGCUGUGGCACUCACUGUUGAACACAUCCUAAAAAUAGUUUCGAGUCGAAAGUUUGUUCCUUUCAUUUCAGUUUUGCUUCUUUGUCUUCGCUAGCGUCGGGUAGUUCCCGAGUUUCAUAGCUUUCGAUAACCUAGCAUUUAUCUCUUGCCUGUGGCGCCGGGGCGUGUUGGUGUUGUUUAUUAUUUACGAUUGCUACCACUUUGACUUUUUACGGUGGGCGGCCACCUAAACCAUUUCCUGUGUAGAUUCAAUACGUUCCAACUAUUCAUGGUUUACGUUCAGCUGCUUUUUGAACCAAGUAACUUUUUAAUCGCUAAAGGUGUUCAUUUACCGUUAGUCUUUCAUUCGAAUUUUAACCGUUCUACAAGUGAUAAAAAUCGUCGCACUUGAGUUUACUCCGGUUUUGAAAUGACAAUCAAAGUCACUGAUAUUGGAAUUAAAACCAUUCUGUCGAUUGAGCAGUUAACUCUUCAAAUUGCUUGUAUUUGGUGAUGAAUUUGUAGGUUUAGCAAGUUACACUUUCAAUUUGCAGCACACAGAAUUGUUAAUAGACAUGUAGACGAAUGCAUCCUUUUGAAACCAGAAUAACAUGUGUAUGAAUGUUUAUCUCAUGUAAACACAAUGCUUUUAAAUAUAUUUAUCUUCAUGACAAAAGAUAAAUGGCAGUGAUUAAAGAAAAAAUGAGAUGGAAGUCCUUUUAAACCCUUAGUUUAGUCACUUUGCUUGUUCUCAAUGGCAUUCUUGAAACAUUUCCUUUGGUACUGACAGAGAAUUUGCCUUGCAAUUGAGAACUUCUCUAUUCUGAUCAUUUCCUACAUUCUGAUGACUUAAGCAUUGAUAUUGUAAGGAGAGAUUAGAUUCCUGUCACUCUUAGGGGUUGAAUGUUUAAGCUGAUGUUGUUCUCCUGAAAGUUGACAUUAUUAGUGCAGUGAUGAGAGGGUUCAUUUCCCAGCAGUUUGGCCCAGGUUUGGUUCAAUAACCCACUGUCAUGCAGGAUUUUCUUAAGGGUAGAAGGCAAAUAAGUAAUAGUUGGUGGCCAGGUUAUCGUGAACACUAGGCUGUUUUGUGAGAUUACGCAGAAGUUGAAAUGUCAGUUUAAAUGUGACCAUGAAAGGCAAAACGGUCAGAUGACAAACAGUUUACUAACAGUCCUUGAAGUGUUCGAACAGUUUGCCUAACCAUUCAAAUGGGUGAAUAAAUUAUUUGAACAGUUUGGUCAGCCAUUCAAAUGGAUGAGUAAAAAUUUCGAGCGGACGGGCAAACCAUUUGAAUGGUUUAAUAAAGGAUUUGAAUGGUUUGGUCAGCCAUUUGAAUAGAUGAGUAAAAGUUUUGAACAGACAGACAAACCAUUGGAAUGGGUGAGUGAAUUAUUUGAGCCAUUGAAUGGUUUGCUUUGCCAUUUGAAUGGAUGAGUAAAACGUAUAAUGUCGAAUGGACUGGCAAGCCAUUCAAACAGAUGAAAAUAUUAUUAAUCUGUACGAUUGGUUGUAUAAUUGGUUUGCCAAUCAUAUGGAUGAAUAAAUUGCUUACAGGAUUUGCAAAACCAUUCAAAGUGCAUGGCUUGAUCAUGGAACGGGCAACGUUGCUGUAUAUUGUUUUCAUUUAAUUUGUCGUUGUUGUCAAUUUUAAGGCCUUUAUUCUCACAAUCAAAAAUGGAGAUUUUCAAUUUCUCAUCAAAAAAAUGUUAUCAGAAAAAUGUUAUCAAAAACAUGUUAUCAAAAAAAAUCAAUGCUCUGCUGAUAGACCAUAAACUGUGGGCCACUUUGUACUUGAUUUCAUUAACUGAAAUUACUGAGAUAUCAAUGCCAUACAAAUGAGGAAAGUAAAACCAAAACUUGAACGCGUUUUAAAGUUGUUUUGUUAAAAAAAGUGUAUUUUUUUUCUUUGCAGAAACUACUUAACCUUAUAUUUUUUACUUAUAUUUAGGGCAUCGGAAAUGCAAGUUAGCAAGUACUUGAAUCCUUUGGAAAAUUAAGUUUUUCAGUUCUCCGUUUAUGAUUUUCAUUCAAGUAAAAACAAAUUUAACAAAACAUGUUUUGGUGUUGUGAAUAGGGUAUAAGUCAUGGCUAGAACUGCUUUUGAUGUUGCAUGAUAUUGACCUCACAAUAAAAAAAAAUAGUAAUGAAGUUAAUUUGCCUGGACAGUCAAUAAUUGCUCUACUUCCUUCACUUUACUUGGUGAAUAGUUCUCACUGUUUUUCUCUGCCAAUUAGAGCAAUUUCCUUAUUCAGUGAAAAUUUUCAUGACUUAGAAAUGACUCUUUUGCAAGUGCUUGCCUAUUUAGUACCUAACAUUUUUAGUUGUUGUCUGAAAAUGUUUGUCAUGAUGGUUUCAAAUGAUAGCUGAGUUAAUCAUUUGUCUCACAAUUUAGUCACAUAGAUGUGGAUCACAACAUUUCAACCACUAUGCUGAGUAUCUGUAGAGAAAUGAGUGCAAUACUCUCCUUUUGUGCAGAUGAACAGAACGGACAUCAAACUGUUGAACAGAUGCUGCAGUUCUCUGAACAGACACCUUUAAGUGGUGAACAGUUGCAAAAACUAUUUGAAUGGAUGCUAAUGUAUUUCAAACGGAUAUGCAAACUGUUUGGAUGGUUUGUCGAACGCUUUGAACAGAUUUUUUUUAGGCAUUUGAACAGAAAACAAAUAGAUAAAGAACAGUUUACCCAUUCAAACAGAUAACUGUUAGUGUCCAUUUUACCUUUUACGGUCACAAAUGUGUCACUUGUUCUUUAAAGUUUCCUUAACUCUUUGAGAAAAUUUUGAACAUAGUAUUGAUGCAUGCUAAAACCUUUUGCUGGUAAACUAUAUAUUCAGUUCCACUCAAAAUUGGUUUAUUGGCCAGUGCACAAAUUUCUUUGAUGUUAUUUGAUUUUUUUUCUGAUACUUUUGUUAACAUACAAAGCACUGAAUGAAUUACGCCACCAUAUAUUAUUGACCUUUGAGACAUUUAUAUACCUCAGCAUAAUAUUAGAUUGUCAACCCAUGAGAAAUUGGAAAUGUCACAUUAUAAUUUAGGUUUUUAUGGUUAUAAGUAUUGGUCUCAUCUCUUUGGAAUUCUUUACUAAAGUAUAUACGAUUAUGUGAGACUUGAGAUUUUUUAAAAAAAAACAGUUGAAGAUGUAUGUUUCUCAACAGGCGCAUACCACUCUCUUUAUAGUGAUUAAUAGUAUUUCAAUAUUUUGUGCUAGUGUUGAGCUUGUAAAUUCUGUAUUAGGUCUUUUAAGGGAGCUCCUUAGGGUUACGGACUGUGUGAGAUCUGGUUGCAAACAUAGCAUGAGCUUUAAAAGUGUCAACAUGCAAAACAAACAUGGUGGCUUGAUACGAUUGUAUGAUUGUUAUCUGAAAAGGUGUGUUAAAAACAGUUUAACACAAUAUAGUUUUUUUGUGAUGGAAUCUAGGGUUUUCAGUGACUGCACCCAUAAUAUUCAUAGGUUUAUACAGGGCAUGAAAUUAACUUUUACAUUAUGUAAUGUUUUGCAACAAAGAAAAUAGGGAUCUUUUGAGAAAGAUUUAUAGGAAUUUCCUUCAAUGAAAUUUCCUAAGAUUUGCUGAACCAUCAAACAUAUUUUUGCCCUUUCUAGUGCCUGUUGAUAAAUACAAUUCAUAGAGGAAGGAAAUAGAAAAUUGCAAAUGGCAAGGAAACUGGCUCAGUAAAUCUUAUUUUUCUUGGCUUUUAAAUGAUCAGCUGGACAAUUUUCACAAAUUGAAAAUUUUUAGAGAUUUCACCAAUGCAAAUUGAAGAAAAUCAAAGGCAGAACCAAAUUAUCACUGGCGAGUACCUCCCUUUGUGUAGCCUUAGCUUAAUAAAAAAAAUCAUUUUGAUAAUAUUGACUACAGCAAACAAUAGUCUGAACCUUGCUCAUUGCCUUUUGAUGGCUUUCAGUGAUCUUGAGAAGCAAAAAAAUAAAAAUUUUCUAGAAAAACAUUUCACUGGUGCACAUGCCAACAUUGAGCAAAAUCCCUAUGGAGCAUCCUAAAUUUUAGUUUACCAUGCUCGCUCUGUAAAGCACUUUUGGAAAUUUAUGGAAAAAGUGCUAUGUAAAUGAUUACUAUUGCCAUUCUAUUAUGAUAUUGAUGCUUAAGUAGCAGGUUAGUCCUUAAAAACCCUAACAUCAGUAUGCAUGUUUUCCAAAUUUUUCUGUAUGCAUUUCCUGUAGUACUCACAAGGAGUGUUUAACAGUCAAUAACUUCUUGAGUUCAUGAUCAUUUCCCUCAUUUUCAUGACCUUAAUGGUUAAUUUAGGUCUGAUAUUGUAAGGAGAAAUUAGAUGCUUAUCACUCUCAGGAAUUAUAGGUUAAGGAUGGCAGACCUAUCUGUCUAACAGCUCUUCAUGACAGCUCUGGUCAUGUUUGUCUGAUUGCAUUUUUGGAUGUUUUUUUUUUUCUUGGUUUCAUUAUUUUGCUGAGUAUAUGUUUGAAGAAAUCAUCAUUAUUAAUAGAUUGUAGACUAUUCAUGUUUUGAAUUUGACUCAUAUAUUGAGUAUUAAAUUUGUUUGUGUGUGUGUGUGUGUGUGUUACAGGCAGAGGCACGUCUUGCAGCAAAAAGAGCAGCCAGAGCAGAGGCAAGGAGUAUUCGUCUGAAGGAGCUUGAAAGGCAACAAGAAGAAGGAGGAAAUGUUAGUCUUCAUUGAAAUUUACUUAUUAUUUAAGGACUUUGCAACUAAACAUAAUAAAACUCUAACCAAAGGUGAUAAAUUUCAAUUAGAAUAAAGAUUGAUGGAGGUAGAUGAAAACCCAACAAAAACACAUUCAGUUGACUUGAAGUUGUAGACAUGUAGCUAUGGGAAUAAUAGGAAAUUAGAUAAAAGAUUCCCUCUGUUUCUGAAUUUACAGGUUGAUGAUGAUGAACAGGCUUUAAAUGAAGAGCCACCCAUCCCACCUGCAAGAAAGAAGGUACACUGUAGAUACACUAUUUGUGAGAAAGUGAAGGUUAUCAGCCAUAGUAACAAGUAGAACAACAUCAGUGCUCCAAAGGGCAGCCAAGUUAUUUUUCUUUUUUCUUUUUUUUUUUUUGCAAAAGUGAAUCUUCCCAAGAGUUGCUGAUACACAUUCACAGCCAUUCUUUACUUUAACCUUAUCUAUGAAAUUUUCAAAUGGCAGUUUGUCAGCCAACAUAACUUCAGAAGACCUCCAGGACUCUUGACAAGUCUUUUCUCAUAAAUUAAAACCGGCUUUGCCACAUGUUCAUGCAUACAUGGAUGUUGGUGAAAGACCACACAUACCUCUUAUUUUAUAAGCUAAGCAGCAUAGUUACCUUGUCUGACAAUGUCCUUAAAACCUAAUUGCAAAUUGGCAACAAGGUUUCCAAAUCAAAUUUUUUUAAUGAAUCACAGGAGGAGGAAGAUUUAUGAAGAAGCAAAUUGAACAUGUUGUAAGCUAGAUCUCUGUGAUACAAUGUAACUGGAUUGUUGAAAAAAACAUAAUUCACCCUUUUGUUGUCACUAUACUAUUGUGCUUUACUUAGUCAUAGUUUUUAGCUUUAAUUUCCUCAAUUGUUUCCAUCUUUACAAAAGAAUCCAGUGGCAAGAUCAAUUUCUACAGGAUCUUCAAGCCUUAGUACUGUUCAAAGAGACCAGACUAUAGACAUGAAUGGGCCAUUGGUGCCAGAGAAAGUUUUAAAAAGUCUUCAGGUUUGUGAUCAUAGUUUUUUUUCUUUUUUUUAAUAGAAGAGUGGACAUCAGAGCAGGUGAUGUCGAGUUGAUGUUUUAUAGAACAGAAUUUCCAAUUUCAGUAACUACAAUGUAGCUUUCCCUUUUCAUCACCUCUAAAAACUUUUUGGUAAACACCAUGAAAACAUUUGACCUUCUGGUAAGUUAUCUCAACAAUGAACAUGAGAGCAGGCCUUGUAUUUUUUGAAACACACAUGUUUUUAUUUAAAUGAUUCUGCUUUGAUAAAGGGCUAACUCUGGAAAUCUCCCCUUUGGAACUCUUUAUGGUGGCCAAUUUAGGUUAUCAACCCAGUUGACAGUACUGAAUUACCUUGUUUUAUUUAACCCAAGAUAACCAGAUUUUGGAAAUUAAGGGCUCAAAAGUCACAAUUAGUUGUAACAAGGGGAAUGUAUUUCAUCACUUCAUUUGUUGUGUUGAUAUUCAGGAAAACCUGAAAGAAAUUGAAGAUAAGUACAGAAAGGCAAUGGUUUCCAAUGCUCAGCUGGACAAUGAGAAGCAAGCACUACUGUAUCAAGUGGACUGUCUGAAAGACAGGUACUUAUGUAUGGUAGAGAUUGUUGUGCAUAUCCAGGAAUAAAGUCAGUGAUUGUGUAAACAGGAUCAAAAAAGUUCUUUUUUGAUCUACUUAACAAUAGUUUUAUUUGAUAUCACAUUUUAGACUUGUUGAAGAGGAAGAGAUUUCAGGUGAAGUAAAAGCUGAAUUCAAAGAAAAAGCAAAGGUAAGGCAAUUUAGACUUUUAGAGGUCGUUUUCACCAAGUAUAUAUUCAGUAAAAGUUUGCGGAAAAAAGGCUCAUAUGCAGGGUUCAAUAUUGUGACCAGCUGUUCAUCAAUGCAACUUAGAAUUUGAUGUUGGCAAUCAGCAUUUGAUUUCUGGUUGUCAGCAGGCAACCAACUCGAUGUCUUUCAGUGUUCUCUAUGUAAAUUAGCUCUUUAGAAGGAAACUCUUCAGGUGCUUAUACACCCAGCUGGUGUUUGUUGAAGAGCAAGAAUGCUCUGCAUAAAGAAAUGUAUCUAAAAGUUGAAGUUUUUGUACUUCCCUGUGAGCUAAAAGAUUUCACAAUCAAAUUUGUUCCAUCUGGCGACUGAACCAAAAUGUUUUGAUAGCCCUUUGGCCUCCUGCUAAAAAAGUUAACUUUGUUCUUUGGUUUGAUGUAGGCUUUAUAUUUCUUCUUAUCAAACUUUUUAAAUUAUUCUUUUUUCUGGUAAAGUUAUCUGAUGGUUAUGAAUUCUCUGUUUCCUUUUCAGGAAUGCAGUAGAUUUGAAAAGACCAUAAAAAGCAAGGAAGAAGAAAUUCAACAACUCAAGGAAGCCAUUGAGUUUAGAGAUAAUUUCUUGGCGGUAAGAAGUCUGUAAUACAUGUAUAAGAUUGUUUAUAAGAUUUUAAGACAGUGUGCUUUCUCUCACGACAAAACAUGGCUUUAGCAGAAAAAAAACUAGGAUUUGAAACAAAUUUUGUUUCUGCAAAAACAUGAACUGUGUUGCAUUGUCAACUUCUCCAUGAACUAAGAAAUAUCCCAGAUAGAUGUUAAAUUGGAUGUUAUUUAGUUGCCUUAAGUUUGCUGUUCUCUCUGUUUUAAUUAUAAUUUUCCUAGUAGGCAUUACCUUAAUCCAUUUGACACCUUAAAAGCCAAUAAUUAGCCAAAUGAUAUCCUUUUUUAAAAAAAUUAUUUAUAUUACACUUGCAUUCCAAUUUCAAAUUAUUUUCUCUUGCACCCUUUGCCACAAUGCUGUGGCACAUGUGCCUGAAUCUUUGUAGGGUAAACUAAUGAUUUGUUGUUGUCCUUUCAGGAGCGAGGUCUUUCCUUGUACGAAGAUCAGGUUCUGAAGGAUGGUGAGGAUGAUGAAACUAGCACAGUUAGUUUAAGGGAUGCUCUCAGUUUGGCUGUGCCUGAUGAAACAUCUUCAGGUAUGAAUUGUUAGACUAGUGCUAGACCUUAAGAUAGUGUUGAGUGGUUCCUGCAUGACUUUGUCAGACAGACUUUUGCCUCCAUCCUUCUCAGUUUUUCUUGUUUUUAAAGAAAAACUAGGUGUUCCCCUGUUUAGAAAGUUAAUUGAAAAAUGUUGGACAGUACUGCACAAGACCAAUUUUCCAUUCAUAUCAUGGUGGUACUAAUGCGAAAUGGUGUGAAUGCAGUGAGAUCAUUGCUGCUGAGUUAUACAAUGAUGAAAUCUCGUGAAACAGAGUUUCUGAAUAUAUACAUGUAAUUCAAACAUUUAUAAGAACUAAGGAUUCACUUUCUGUCGUUGUUUUUAUUUUUCUAUCAUUUAUUCAGAUCGAAGCAGUGUAUCUGAACCACUAAAGAGUCGUUCAAACAGUCGGCGGCCAUCUUUGUCAGAUGAAAAGGAUGUUUUAGUUUUACAGGUGCUGAAAGGUUUUUUUUCAGUUUGUUUUUAUCUCUCGGUUAGUUUGUUGAAGUUUUUCUCUGGUUCAAGUUUUUCUGUCCUGCUUUGUUUGAUAUUGAAAGAAAAUGAGAUUUUGGCUGUGGAUGCAAUAGAAAAAAAUCAAACUUUUGUACUUAGAAAUGGCAACAUUAUGUGAAUUACACUUGGUGUGUUUCUUUUCUUUGAGUACAUCUGAGGUUUGAUUCCACUAUCACUCCAUUCCCAGAUGUGGAUGCGACAGGUUGAGCUGGGUACUAGUCACUAGUCCACAAUUACCGUAGUUAUUCAGUUAUAAGGCGCACCGUUUUUUUCAAGAAAUUCCUAAUUUCUACUAAAAAUUACCGGCGAAGUUUGGGUGCGUCUUAUAGGCGAAUAUUUUCCCGAAACAAAUUUUUUUAUCACAGUUACUGGUACGAUUUCAAGCAAAUAAAAGGAUACACAGUGUUGGUCAUUGACUUUUAUAAAUAUGGUGGUUCUGAAAAGACGAGCGAAGUCAAAUUUGCAUAGAUAUGAUACGUGCUCGAGAGCACGUGCUCAGUAAUUUGAUACGUCACAUAACAAAACGAAAAUAAACAAGCGAAGAGAUAAAUACCUUCUUCAUCCAUUCAGCCCUUUUUGUGCACUGAGACCUGCAUUCUCGGCGGUAUGUUAAUUCUUGUUUAAUCAAGGCUUUUGUUUGUGCGCGUGGUCGCGUGUGCGACAAUUCUGCUUUUGUUAAUUAACAGUAAACUAUAAUCAAUACGCGACUUUUUCGCUUUUUUGUAAGUUUAUGAAAGAAUUUACAAUAAACUUGACUGAUCUUUACUCCCCAAACAACAGUGCGCCUUAUAACCAAGUAUUUUAGCGAUAUUUUCAGUUUGAAAACAUUCAAUAAUGAAGUUGCCGAAUUGGGGGUGCGUCUUCUAGCCGAGUGCGCCUUAUAACCGAAUAACUACGGUAUACAGUGUGGCCUUCAAAAGUCAACAAAAAUCAGGGAGACUUACCUUUCUAACUCCCCACCUGAUCCAGACUUAAUUUCUCCUUACAUUAUCUAAACAAUAUCAAGCAGAAAAGUGAUGGAAAUAAAGAAAAAUAUUAGUAAGGAGUUGGGAUUAUUAGUUGAUCCGAUACUAAAUUCUCCAAACUAAUAUAAGAAUGGUAUGGCAGACAGUAAGAAAAAUGACUGAUGAGAUCUUGGGAGUGAGUAGGUUGAAAAGGGGAUUUCAAGUUGUGACAAGCAAGAGGAAUUUAUGACACAUGUAUCUGAUACUGAUGAUUCAUUGUAUUUGACUCUUUUUUCUUCAUUACCAGAUAAAGAAUCUUCAAACAGAAGUAGCAUCUCUGAAGAGAGAAGAUAUUGAGACGCCCAAAGCAAUCACGGCUGAUUUAGAAGAACUUAGAAGUAUGUGUUGUUUUGUUGAGAUUUAGCAUCAACAAGUUAAUUGCAAUUGUGGAAACACAAUUUUUUAGACUGCAAGUAGUCUUCAUUGCAUUUUUGACAGGGUUAUUUUUCCAGUCUUCAUUGUUCUGUUGUUUUGAUAACAUUUGAACCAAGCUGGCAGGGUUUGGCUCUUCUCAUAACAGCUUUCAGCUGUAGCUUGAAAAAUUGGUAGGGCAUAGGCACCUGUAAAGUAAUUUUGCUGGAGAUCUGUGAAAAUUUGAUCCUUGCCAAAAAAAAUUAUCCUGUUCUGGGGACAAGAAGGGCAUGUCCUUCUCUCAGAACAUCUCUUUCCCGCCUUUCUUUUUCAUAUGGUUGUUCUUCAAGAUUUGCUAGGAUUGUGGGUUUCACCUGUGUAUCAGUACACUUAAAAGGGAAAGAAAAUUCAUACGUUUCCUCAGGGCUAGAUAGUCAGUUUCUUAUGUACGUGUUGCAAAAGCAAGGUUUUCUAGUGUUGGGGAAAGGCUUAGCUUUUCCCAUCUGCAUGAACCGAACUGCAAUGUUAUGUCUUGUCGAACAAAUUCUGUGACAGUGACACCGAAAUAAUCUCCUACCUCUUCUUGUUGUGUUCUUGUGUUGCCAUAAAUGAUAGCUUCAUGGUUAAGUUAAAACUCAUUUCACUUACAUGCACAGGUGAAUUAACGCGUAACGCAGUAAUACAUAACGAAUGCAUUUAUGGAUGCAAACUAACGUAAGUUAACGAACGAUAAAAGUGACGGCCUAGUCGCGUCCUAAUCAUGUGAUUGUAACGUCUACUAAUUGCUGAGUAAAAUUUGUAACAGUUUCAUCACUAAUCUCAUUCCUCGUCUUACUUACCACUUGAAUUAACACGUUAUUAAAACAUGCGUUGCGUUAAAUGACUUAAGGUAAAUUAGAUUUAUUCAAAACAGACGCUGUCUCGCUGAAGUUGAAGGUGCUUGCCCGGUGGUAUCAGGGCGCUCCACUGCAGCGAGCCAGCCCUCAGAUUGAAUAUCACCCUAAUGGUUGGCAAAUCUCGGCAACCCAGCUAUGAGUAAGCAUCCCCAACGCCUGUCAACCCUGCUUAGAUCAAUGAAGGGAAUAAGUAAAGGGGGUUGGGUGGGGAAGCGAUUGUAAAAAAGUUACGAAAGUGCCCGGGAUCGCUGGAAGAGCGGCCUUUGCCAAAUUUCUCGACGGCUCAACGAUGUCAGCGGUAACACACUUGCAGCGUUCAACGUAAGCUUGCACCUGUGACAAUGACUGCUGACCGGAAAGGCCCGCUAUGCCUUGUGAAAUUGCCGUUGAACGUAUUCCAACUUGUAUUUAGGUACAAAGUGUCAGUAUUUUACAAAUUAUUAUGCUAUCUUUCCCUUUCCUUCCAGGAGAAUUUAGUAGGCAAAUAAAUGAUUUCAAAAUAAAGCUGCAAAAAGCAGAGCAGGACAAUGCGCGGCUUGAAGGACUUGUAAGUAAAACUGAAUGGCUGAAAUAGCUUAAACUCAUCUCCAUGCCACUUGUCAAUCAGUCAGUCAUUUGAAAGAAGAGAGUAUUAGACAAAACGCUUACUAAGUCGAAUUCAUUUCUCGAAAUUCUUGUCUUAUCCUCACAAGUGACACUGAGCCUAUUUUAAACUCUUGCAUAGGAAUACGCCAGAAGAAGAGAAGAAGGUUGUGUGACGAGUGCAAGUAGUUCUCUAAGGGAUAAACUUUCUAGUUUAAGUAGUGCCUGUGAAAAUAUAAGAGAGGGUUCACGGGUUUUUUUUUAAGGUUUUAAGUAGCCGGAGCUUUUUUUAAAGGUAACCGGCUGUGGGUCCGGAGUGGUCUCGAAACUGCUCUUUCCCAGUUUCCAGCUCGCAUAAUUAUGUAUUCAUAUCUCGAAAUCCAAUAUGGCGGACAAAACGUCAUAUCGUUCGUACUUUCCUGCCACCGCAGCAAGAUUUGUCAAAAAGACAGUCCCCAUCAGAACGUUUUUAAACUAACCUUGGGUCAGAAGUCUUUUUAUGUUUUCAGAAAAGAUAGGCAGUGCAAAUUUAUAUUUUUAUUGAGCCCAAGUUUAGACCUGAUAAACAUCAUGACUGUACGGGCUCUCGAAGCAAUGAAAGUAGCCGGCGAAACCUUGCAGAGAAGCCGGCGUACUUCGCCGGCUGCCGGCUCUUAUCUACAACCCUGGGGUUACAUUCAAACGUUCGUUUAAAGUUGAUAUUCAGCAACCGCCCCUAGCCGCUUUAGGGACUUCGUCGCAGCGUUGCGGCGAUGCAUAAUUUUUGGUUUCUUUCAAAUGAGUUUUAAACCGAGCAAACAACCCUCGUUAGCGGGAUUCUUGGAGGCUGUUGUCGAAUUUCAACUGAAGAAUAGAAAAGCAAGUGAUAUUAAUGAUAAUUUGUCGUAAUGUUGAAUGGACAGGUCUGUAAACUGCCUUAAAUUGGAGUUGUAGAAUGUACCUAGUACAUGUUAAGUGAUCAAGUUAAACCCCCGAACGUACCCUAAUAUACCUGCUUACUGGAUGCGAAGGGGGAACAAAUACCUUCCUUCUUUGCAAGAGAACUUAAAGAUUUCUGACCGAAGGAGUUUAGUGCUAACUGUUACAAAUUGUUAAUGAGCCAAAAGCGGAACUUAAGUCACUAAAACUAGGAGAAAUCUAACUCAUGCAAUUGUCCAAAACAACACUUCUCCCUUGGUACGUAAUUUCUUUCACUAUCUCAGUGAUUUUACAAUGAUUUCCGAAGGCCCAAGGCAAAACGGCAAUAAGUGGUCAUUUCGCUUUCUGUCGCAGAGAAGUGUUGCGUGACAGACAUUGCGUGAGUUUCUUCUGUGUUCUUCUUUACCGUCCAUUAUUGACUCGAAUGUAAAAUCUGCUCUAGGUGGCGAGACUGGAAAGUCAAGUGAAGCGUUACAAGACUCAGGCGGAGGCCGCGGUGAGAACUCUAUCUUAAGUUCUAAGAUGUCAGUUUACCCAUAGUGCCGUUCUUGUAGUUUCUUAUUUCCUUUUUUUAUCUGAUUCCUCAAGUUUACAAUUUCAAAACUUCUCUUUCUCACAGGAAGCGACGGAGGAUUCUCUUAAAGCUGAAAAAAGAAAGUUGCAAAGAGAGGUGUGUGUUAAUGCAUGUUUCUAGAUUGUUUUCUAUCUCGUUACUCACCCUCCGCUCCCCCUCUCCCUCUUCCCCUCCCCCUCUCUCUUUCCCCUCCCCCUCCCCCGACUCCAUAGUGCUAAUUCUGAAAGAUUACCACUUUGAAAUCAGAAGUUCUGGGAGUCGAAUCUUCACGGGGGACGCGAAAGUGUUUUGUGUCCCAAGCUCCUGACAAAUAUUCUUGGAAUUACAGAGACGUAGAAACUUCACGUAAUGCCCUUUUUUUGUUGUUGUUGUUGUUGUUGUUGUUUGCGUUGUGGCAAGUUUUCGUUGCUCUUAUUCUAUUUCUCUCCCUUUUUAUUGCAGCUUCGUAAAGCUCAAGAUGAAAUAGGCGAAUUACAGACCGUUAACGAUCACCUUCAGAAGAGAUUCGAUAAACUAAAGAGCAAAAGAAAAGAUGACACGUAGUGCAUGUAGAUAUAGUUUUGUUACUAAUUCAGGGAACAUUUGUAUGUCGAAUUGAAUGAACAGAACCGACAUAUCCAGUUUGAUCUGAGGCGAACAGGCCUGUUUGUGCAAUAAAACAACAACGGUCGUUAUCACUUCCCGAUGAGUUUUGCCGUCAUUAACUGUCACUGUCAUUGUCAUAGUUUGUCUGAUUGGCUGGAAAUAGUUAACAAAGUGCCUCAGAAGGUUAACAAAAUAGCAGAGACAGUGAUUGAUGAAAAAUGACACCUGAGAGUACCAUAGAAGAUAAUUUUAUAUGCGCGGGGUUAUUUUAUAUUUUCCAACGUGAGAUAGACGCAUUUUCGUAAGGGAAUGUUUAAUAACUCGAGGGAAUGGUGUGGAAAACGUAAUGCCGUUUGUGGCUUACUUACUUAUGACUUGCAGACCAUAUUAGUAGAUAUGAAGCUAUUUUUCCACAAAUAGUUUCCUUUCAGUUAAAUAGGAACACAUAAUGCCUUUUGACCUGGCUUUAACAGCAUUUUGAUCGCUUUCAAUGCGUAGUAGUCAAUAAACCUGGUAUUCAAGCCAAAGUACGGAGUGGAAA